AUGAUGAGCUCCAUUCCCUCGAACUCGGCCCAAGGGUCAUCACGCGCGUCUGUCUCUGCUGGGCGCUUUCGCUUCUUGGGCUGCAACAAUAAGCAUGACUGCUACCAGCAUGACGCCAUAGAAUGUCGCAGCUACAACAGCAGCAGCCGGGACUCGCGCCUUCCCACGCGCGCGACGCCCAGGGCAUCGCGGGGCUGUUUGGCCAGUCGGAACACGCGGACUGUCAGCUCGUUUUUAUGCUGGAGCGCCCUCCGACGAGCCUGGAAACGCGCCCGUAUGAGGGCUCCAGCUCGGCGGCUGCUGGCGCAGCAUUUGGCGCGGAUCAGCGGCGGUGCGGCGAGCCACUGCCGGCGCACUCGAUUGUGCUGCGGCUCGCGUCGGACAAGUUUGCGGCUCAGCUGGAUUGGCUGGCCGCGUUGUCGGGCCCAGACACUGCCGGACCGGAUCAACUCAAGGAAAUGACACGCAUGGGUGCACCAGCUACUGCUGCAGCAGCGGCCGCGACCACAUCAUCUAUUGCUACUGCCACCGCUACCUCGGUGCGGCAGCUUCCGGAGGUGCACCUGACGGUGGGCGGGGAGGAGGAGCUGCCGGCGGCGCGUGCCGCCAUCCACUUCGCCUACACGGGCCGCGUGGAGGCGGGCGCCAGCAUCCGCGAGGUGCUGCAGGUGCGGCGGCAGGCGGCCUACCUGCAGAUGGAGGGCUGCAUGGAGGCGUGUCUGGCGGCGGUGCGGGAGAAGCUGGAGGCAGGCGGCGGGGCCGAGGCGGGCGCAGCAGCAGCAGCAGGCGGCGGUGCUGGUGAUGGCGCGGCCGCAGAGGUGCCGCCGCCCACAGCGGUGCUCGAGCUGCUGUACAGCUGCAGGGACGUGUGGCCUGAUCCCUCGGAGGACACAGCCUUUGCGGCGCUGCUGACGGAGGCCAAGCGGCGGCUGGUGGCGCACUUUGGUGACGCGCUUGCGGUGCUGAACAAGAAGCAGCUGUACGAGCAGAUGCGGGUUCUGCCGGCUGAGGGCCUGGAGGCUCUGCUAGAGUCGGAUGAUUUCGGCACCGACAGCGAGAGCAGCGUGGUGCUGGUGCUGGCGGAAUGGAUGGCUGCCAACCACAGCCGCACGGACGCGGCCACCCGCAAGCAGCUGUGCGGGCUGCUGCGGCUGUCGCAGUGCAGCCGCUCCUAUCUCAGCUGGGUCCUGCCCGCUCUGGCCGCACGGCACGAGGCCGGCCCCGACAGCACCGCGGGCUGGCUCCCGCUGACCCGGGACGACGCCACCUGCCUCCUGACCUACAGCUUGGCGACCGAAAAGGAGCGACGCGCCAUAACAGGCGAGGGCCUCUUGAGCAUGAGUGUAGCGAUAGGGCACUGGCCGGCAAAGUGGCUCAGCACGCAGCGUCGGCGGCAGUGCUUGCCUGCUGAGGGCCGCACGAUCGGCUUCAGCGCCAGCCUGGCAGAGCUGACGAAGGCCUUUGAGGGCCUGAAGCCAGCUGUAAAGGUACAUCAUUUAUAUCCCAGCCUGGCAGAUACCCGGCAUGCAAACCGCUUUGGGGCGCAGGGCUGGGAUUGGAGCCCCUACGUGCUUUUGACGUCUGGCGGCGUGGCAGCAGGCGUUUUUGUGAAGGCACGGAUGCCCGCUGCCCUAGGCGCGUCUGCUUCUGCGGCGGCGGCAGGAGACAAGCUCCUGAACGGGGCCGUGGUGACUGUCCCCCGGCUGCGGCUGACCGUGUGCGGAGCUGGUGGACAGCAGGCGUGGUCGAAUUCUUAUGACAGUAGUAGUGAGGUUGUUAAGGCGGGGUACAGCUGGGGCUGGGCCAAAGCCCUUGAGCUGCGUGUGGCACCAGCAGCUACCGACCAGCCGGGCGGAACCGCCGCCAAUGGCAGCAGCAGUGGCAGUGGCAGCAGUGGUGUGGUGGCGGCGCGCUGGGCGGGCUACCUGCAGGGCGGCACGCGGCUCUCCGGCAGCGUCACGCUGCUGCGGCCGCCAGAGUACUAUGCUUAGGUGUGCGAUAUGGGACAGUGGCGGGAAGGCAGGUUGGUGAAGUCCCGUAGGGUGCAGCUGAUUCCCAGAAGGCCAGAACCAAGCAAAUGGCAAACAAUUUGCAGCGGCAGGGCAGGAGUGCGCGGCUGGUCGAACGGCGGAGUUACUUUGCCUAGGUAUUUGCAGUGCUACGUGUGAGGGUCAUGACGACGUGCCUGGCAAUAACACGGGCAUUCGUACGGGCAGGAUGAGCCUCUGUUGCUGCAUGGAGCACGUGGUCAUGGUGCUGCACUGGGCACUGUUACACGGGUAUCAAGGCGCAUGUGGGCGGCAGGGUGCGGACGGGGUGGGUGCCAGCCUUGUCUGGGUUGGAAGCCAAGGAUCGGAUGCAGCGCUGGUGACACCUGGCCGACACGACACGGAUAGCUGGAAAAAUAAUGGACUCAC